CCAAUACAAAAAACCUCCUACUCCCAAUCCGCCUCUCAUCCAAUCCCUGAACCCCACAAAACUCAAUGGAGGCAAGUGCGGGAUUGGUCGCCGGGUCUCACAACCGGAACGAGCUCGUGCUCAUCCGCGGCCAUGAGGAGCCGAAGCCGCUGAGGGCAUUGAACGGCCAGGUGUGUGAGAUAUGCGGCGAUGAGAUUGGUCUUACGGUGGAUGGAGACCUCUUCGUGGCGUGCAACGAGUGCGGGUUCCCGGUGUGCCGGCCAUGCUAUGAGUAUGAGAGGAGGGAAGGGACCCAGCUCUGCCCACAGUGCAAGACCCGCUACAAACGCCUCAAGGGGAGCCAAAGAGUGGAGGGAGAUGACGAUGAAGAAGAUAUCGAUGAUUUAGAACAUGAAUUCAACAUUGAUGAUGAACAGAACAAAAGGCAACAGGAGCCACAGCAGAACAAGCACAUCACAGAAGCAAUGCUUUAUGGGAAGAUGAGCUAUGGUCGGGGCCCCGAGGAUGAUCAAAGCAAUCCUCCUCAGUUCCCACCCAUCAUAACCGGAGCUCACUCUCGACCAGUGAGUGGUGAGUUCCCGAUAUCGAAUAGCCAUAACCUUGGAGAAGUCUCAUCAUCUCUCCACAAGCGUGUUCACCCAUAUCCAGUGUCUGAGCCUGGGAGUGAAAGAUGGGAUGAGAAGAGAGAUGGAGGGUGGAAAGAUAGAGUGGAUGAAUACAAAUCAAAGCAAGGCCUUCUUGGAGGUGACCCAGAUGACGACCCUGACAUGUCCAUGAUGGAUGAAGCAAGGCAACCACUAUCACGAAAAGUAUCAAUAGCUUCGAGCAAGAUCAACCCCUAUCGCAUGGUGAUCGUGAUCCGCCUUGUGGUAUUAGGCUUCUUCCUGCGCUACCGAAUCCUCAAUCCAGUCCAUGAUGCAAUUGGACUGUGGCUCACAUCAGUUAUAUGUGAGAUAUGGUUUGCCUUCUCAUGGAUCCUUGAUCAGUUUCCUAAAUGGUUCCCAAUUGAUCGCGAAACUUAUCUCGAUCGCCUCUCUCUCAGAUAUGAGACGGAAGGUGAACCUUCAAUGCUUUCUCCAGUUGACAUCUUUGUUAGUACGGUGGACCCACUGAAGGAGCCUCCUCUUGUCACUGCCAACACAGUGCUAUCGAUCUUGGCUGUGGAUUACCCAGUCGACAAGGUAUCAUGCUAUGUCUCAGAUGAUGGUGCAUCAAUGCUCACAUUUGAAUCCCUCUCAGAGACUGCUGAGUUUGCUAGGAAAUGGGUACCCUUCUGCAAGAAAUUCAACAUCGAGCCUCGGGCUCCAGAAAUGUACUUCUCUCAGAAGGUUGAUUACCUCAAGGAUAAAGUCCAGCCAACUUUUGUCAAGGAACGGCGUGCGAUGAAGAGAGAAUACGAGGAAUUUAAAGUGCGAAUAAAUGCAUUGGUUGCAAAAGCUAUGAAAGUUCCUCCUGAAGGGUGGAUUAUGCAAGAUGGCACCCCAUGGCCUGGCAACAACACCCGCGAUCAUCCAGGCAUGAUCCAGGUCUUCUUGGGCCACAGCGGUGGUCAUGACACUGAUGGUAAUGAGCUUCCUCGCCUUGUUUAUGUCUCUCGUGAGAAGCGGCCUGGAUUUCAGCAUCACAAGAAGGCUGGUGCCAUGAAUGCUCUGAUCCGUGUCUCUGCCGUGCUCACAAACGCACCCUUCAUGCUCAAUUUGGACUGCGAUCACUACGUGAACAACAGCAAGGCCAUUCGAGAGGCAAUGUGUUUCUUGAUGGAUCCACAGCUUGGAAGAAAAGUGUGCUAUGUCCAGUUCCCCCAGAGGUUUGAUGGCAUUGAUAUGCAUGAUCGGUAUGCCAAUAGGAACACCGUCUUCUUUGAUAUAAACAUGAAGGGCCUGGAUGGAAUCCAAGGUCCAGUGUAUGUGGGUACCGGGUGUGUCUUUAGGAGACAAGCUCUCUAUGGCUACAACCCUCCCAAGGGCCCGAAGCGUCCAAAAAUGGUGAGCUGCGAUUGCUGCCCUUGCUUUGGACGCCGCAAGAAGCUCGAGUACUCCCAAGGUGGUCCAAAUGAGCAAGCCGCAGAUGGUGGGCUCGGCGACGAUGACAAGGAGCUGCUAAUGUCGCAGAUGAACUUUGAGAAGAGAUUUGGGCAGUCAGCUGCAUUUGUGACAUCAACCCUAAUGGAGGAAGGUGGAGUUCCUCCCUCAUCAAGCCCUGCAGCUCUGCUCAAGGAAGCCAUUCAUGUCAUCAGCUGCGGCUAUGAAGACAAAACUGAAUGGGGAUCAGAGCUGGGUUGGAUCUACGGUUCGAUCACAGAGGACAUUCUCACCGGGUUCAAGAUGCACUGCCGGGGCUGGCGCUCCAUCUACUGCAUGCCGAAGAGGCCAGCAUUCAAAGGAUCGGCCCCAAUUAACCUCUCCGACCGGCUGAACCAGGUGCUCCGAUGGGCGCUUGGCUCGGUCGAGAUCUUCUUCAGCCGCCACAGUCCAGUCUGGUAUGGUUACAAGAAUGGGCACCUCAAGUGGCUUGAGCGUUUUGCCUACGUCAACACCACCAUCUAUCCCUUCACUUCUCUCCCCCUCCUCGCCUACUGUACUCUCCCUGCCGUCUGUCUUCUCACCGGAAAGUUCAUCAUGCCGACGAUCAGUACAUUUGCGAGCCUCUUCUUUAUUGCACUCUUCAUCUCCAUCUUUGCGACGGGCAUCCUUGAGCUAAGGUGGAGCGGAGUGAGCAUCGAAGAGUGGUGGAGAAACGAGCAAUUCUGGGUCAUUGGUGGCGUCUCAGCCCACCUUUUUGCUGUCAUUCAGGGACUGCUCAAGGUUCUGGCUGGGAUAGACACCAACUUCACCGUCACGUCCAAGGCUACAGAUGAUGAGGAUGAGUUCGGAGAGCUCUACGCCUUCAAGUGGACUACUCUCUUGAUUCCCCCUACAACUUUAUUGAUCAUAAACCUUGUCGGGGUUGUCGCGGGGAUAUCGGAUGCCAUAAACAAUGGGUACCAGUCAUGGGGACCUCUCUUUGGGAAGCUGUUCUUCUCCUUCUGGGUCAUCGUCCAUCUCUAUCCAUUCCUCAAGGGACUUAUGGGCAGGCAAAACAGGACCCCUACCAUUGUGGUCAUCUGGUCUGUGCUCUUGGCUUCCAUUUUCUCAUUGCUGUGGGUUAGGAUUGAUCCGUUUGUGAUGAAAGCUAAAGGCCCGGAUGUCAGGCAAUGUGGAAUCAAUUGUUGAUCCUUCUUCUUUGGCUACGUCCCUGGAACUGCUUGUGGUUUUAUCUUCAUCAAACGAGUGGCACCGAUGUGAAAUUUUGUAUGAUACAUGAACUGGAUUUUUCGUAUUGAGAUAACUCAACUGCAUAAAAAAAUAAAAAAGAUAUAUUGAGAUUGUUCAAA